CGCAUGCGUGCGCGCUUCCCUUCCCCGCCAUCUCACAGCAGGCCGCUUGCGCGACCAUGGUGCCCCUCGGGAUCCGGAGCCUCUUCGCCCUAGCGUUCACUGCGCUCGCCGCCCGCGGCAAACUCUCGGACGGCCGUGCGCACCUGAACGUGCCGCCGCGGUCGCCUCCGCCCCUCCCCCCUGGCCCGCCGCCGAAGGGGCCCGUGACGCAUGUGAACGGGACGGUGUUGGCGGAUAUCAGCACCCCGCAAUACAUCGACAUCCCGAUCGACCACAAUGAUACGUCGCUGGGGACGUUCUCGACGCGGUACUGGGUCAAUUAUGAGUAUUAUGAGCCAGGCGGACCCAUCAUCUUUAUGAACAUGGGUGAAGUCAAUGCUGAAGGCUACACACACUACAUCACGAACAAGACUAUCAAUGGCCUUAUCGCACAGCAGGAAAGCGGCCUGCUCAUCAUCAUGGAGCAUCGCUUCUACGGCCAAAGCAACCCGUACCCGAACCUGAACGAGGACUCGCUCAAAUAUCUGUCACUUGAGCAGGCCAUACAGGACAACGUGUAUUUCGCGAGAAACGUGAAGUUGGAUGUGGAUGUGGAUACGUCGCCGGAGGCCACGCCGUGGAUUCUCAUCGGGGCGAGCUAUGCAGGCGCUCUGACUGCGUUCCAGAAGGUUGCCGAGCCCGACGUAUUCUACAUCCACUACGGCUCUUCGGCGGUCAUCGAGACUCAGGUCGACUUCCACGAGUACUUCACGCCCAUCCGCCAGAACAUGCCCGCCAACUGCUCCGCGGACGUCCAGGCUGUCAUCGCUCACAUUGACGAGGUCUUCAAGGGCGACAACGAGACCGCACAGACAGAGAUCAAGGAAAUCUUCGGGUAUAACGCAUCGUAUAGCAACUACGAUGUGGCUGGAUCUCUCCGUAACAACAUCUGGGACUGGCAAUCGCUGCAGCCGUAUACGGCCUCGGAUGGCGGAGAGCUCGCGUUCUACGAUUUCUGCGACGCGUUGGAGGUGAAGGAUCGUAUGGCCAGUGGUCCAGAAGGCUGGGGUCUUGAGCAUGCUUUGAGGGCGUGGGGCGCUUAUUUCUCUGGCGCGACUGUGGCAAAGCUCUGCGCGGAUAUUGAUCUCAGCGAGUGCGUCAAGGGCACCUCUGCAUCACCCGAAGACGACCAUCCCGUAGAUGAUGCCGGGCGUUCUUGGACAUGGCAAACGUGCACGCAGUUUGGCUGGGGGCAGAUCGGCGCACCAGAGGAUGAACCUACGAUAGUCUCGCGCUUGACGACUGUUCAGACGGAUGUCAUCGACUACUGCGCUUACUACUUCCCGGAGAACUUCCCAGCGUAUGGGCUUCCGCGGACGAACGAGACGAACGCGCGAUACGGCGGCUGGUCGAUGCAGGGCGAGCGCAUGAUUUUCGUGAAUGGAAACAAUGAUACUUGGCGCGAGGCCUCGAUGUCUGCUCAGCAGACAGACAUCCCCGUUAGUACCGCCUCCCAGCCCAUUUUUCUGGAGAAUGGCUUUCAUGCGUCGGAUGUCAUUGCACGCGCGGCGAUUGAGCCCACCGUCGCGCAGACGCAGAAUCAAAUUCUCGAGAUUGUCGGCGGUUGGCUAGCGGAUUGGGAGGCGUACCAGGAACGGAGGCGCAGGAGGUCGGGGUGAAACAAUAGAGUGUGUCUGUUCAGUAAUGUCUUUCGAUCUUCACAGAAGUUUGAGUAAUUUACUUGCGCGACUUCGUACAUUGUCGGGCGGUCUUCGUAAAUCAUUUGGGAGUCGAAAUACAUUUGAGCGCCGAUUAAGUGCUAGCGCGCGCCCAGCUGUGCGACAACCUCUGCUCCAAGGUCCGCAUCUUGGUAACAUCUUUCGCUUUU